GACUUUUGGUCAAUUGUGUCUCAUGUGACGCAAUUCGUGCACACGAUGGGCAGUGGGUCUUUGUCAGCACAGUCGGUAGGUCUUGUUACGAGCGUAAGGUGAUGGAGGUUUUGUAGAGAAAUGAGCAGGAAGAGGAAGAAAAGGGAGGAGGAGGAGUCUUGGAGUGUCAUCCACGUCUUGUCAGAGUUCGUGCGCAGAUGCUCCGUUUCCAGGCGCAUUCCGAAGCUUCUCUGUUGCCCAAUUGGUUAUUUCACUCGAAGGUGCUCUUGCGGAUUUGGAGUUUAGAACUGGACACCCUUAGCCAGGUGAAUUAGUGUUAGUUGCGUGGAGAGGUGCGAUCUUCUCGGUUCGUGAAGGGGAUAAAUUCUUUAAUAAAAGUUAAGAAAGAGUUCAACGAAGAGCAGUCAUGGGGCAUUUUUUGGGGAAGCUGCUGUCCACAAUUUCUUGGGGGACGAAGGACUACGGAAUUCUUAUGGUCGGCCUUGAUAAUGCAGGGAAGACGACAAUUUUGUACAAGCUGAAAAUGGGUGAGCUGGUGACGACGAUACCCACAAUUGGGCUCAACGUGGAAUCAAUCAAAUACCAGAACGUGAGCUUUACUGUGUGGGAUGUGGGAGGUCAGGACAAGAUUCGGACUCUCUGGCGCUAUUAUUUCGAUGGCACCCAGGGUUUAAUCUUCGUGGUCGACAGUAAUGACAAGGAUCGAAUUUCAGAAGCCAGAGAUGAGCUUCACAAGCUGCUGAAUAACUCCGAACUCACCGAAGCAAAGCUUCUGGUUUUUGCAAACAAGCAAGACUUGGCUAAAGUUUUGACAGCCAAGGAGGUCACAGACAAGCUCCAUCUGAACCGAUUGAAACAGAGGGAAUGGCACGUGCAACCUUGCACUACCACCACGGGUGAGGGGCUCCGUGAAGGACUGGAUUGGCUCGCUGCAGCUCUCAAAGACAGUCCACCCAGAACUGCAAACGUGUUUGACGCUCAAUGAUGAUGAUCAUCGGCCUGUUUCUUCACGCCGCCCCCAUCCACAAUAGACCAACUGUCUUGACCAGAUCUCGACGUUACUCGGGAUGCCCAUACGAAGUGCACCACGGUUGCUGUACAUAAAGAGGACAUUAAAUGACGCGAUUCUAAACCACUUGGUAAGCAAGUUAUAGCAAUCCAUGCGUGUGUAGUAAACCUCGGAUUAACUUAACUCUUGUAAGAUGAGCUCAUGGUAUCUACAAUCUCCUGUAUGCUCAAGUGAUUUGCUGUCAAUGACGCCAUUGAUGCUCAAGGCCUGGUGCUACUAGCUCAAUUGCGACUGAUCAAGCAGUCUGAUUAAUUGCAGAAGCAUAUUAGCCACUUUGAUAUGGUUUAUACUUCGACUCUAUGGACACAGAGUCUGCUGUGAGGUUGGUGAAGGUUCAAUCUUAAGCUUCAAGAAAGCAUGUCUUGUGAGAGAUUGAGGCAGAUAGAUUGUAAACUGAGAACGAUGCAGCGUGUUUUAUACAAGUUGCUACAAGAGCUCCUGCGUCUUGUUGAAACAGUUAACAGUUCGGAGAGAGAUUCUUAUCCCAGUUCUUCAAAAAAAAUCAAUGGAGAGUUAUGGAUUGAGCUGGUUUUAUGAUA